CUAAGGUUAUCCUGUGUCUUGACAGCGAACCAUGGCUUCUUCUCUGUGGUUUCUGUGCCUCGGCUUCUUGCUUCUUGCCUCAACAGUGAGGAGCGCCGCGCCGAAGAAGCCUGUGGACGUCCCGUUCGGCCGGAACUAUGUGCCGACUUGGGCGUUCGAUCACAUCAAGUACUUCAAUGGGGGUUCCGAGAUUCAGCUCUCUCUCGACAACUACACUGGGACUGGCUUCCAAUCAAAGGGUUCCUACUUGUUCGGCCACUUCAGCAUGCAAAUAAAGAUGGUUCCUGGCGAUUCGGCAGGCACGGUCACCGCAUUCUACUUGUCAUCUCAGAACUCAGAGCACGACGAGAUAGACUUUGAGUUCUUGGGGAACAGAACUGGUCAGCCAUACAUUUUGCAGACCAAUGUGUUCACCGGUGGGAAAGGAAAUAGAGAGCAGAGGAUCUAUCUGUGGUUCGAUCCCUCCAAGGACUAUCACUCCUACUCUGUGCUCUGGAACAUGUAUCAGAUUGUGUUCUUUGUGGAUGAUGUGCCCAUAAGAGUAUUCAAGAACAGCAAGGACCUCGGGGUGAAGUUCCCCUUUGACCAGCCGAUGAAGAUCUACUCGAGCCUGUGGAAUGCCGACGACUGGGCCACGCGUGGGGGGCUCGAGAAGACCGACUGGGCCAAGGCCCCAUUCAUGGCUUCCUACAAGAGCUUCCACAUCGAUGGCUGUGAGGCCUCAGUCGAAGCCAAGUUCUGCGACAGCCAGGGCAAGCGGUGGUGGGACCAGAAGGAGUUCCAGGACCUUGACGCCGAGCAGUUUCGGAGAUUGCGGUGGGUCCGAGAGAAGUUCACCAUCUACAACUACUGUACUGAUACAGUUAGGUUCCCCAGCGUGGCUCCAGAGUGCAAGAGGGAUAGGGACAUAUGAAAUUCUUUCUUCUUUGUUCAAUCUUUUAUGGUAGUUCUUUUUAGGGAACUUAUCAGAUUUAACUUCAUCCCUUCGACGAUGGUAUUGCGGAUUUUUGUUAUCUCUAGUGUGUAAUAAUCAACUCGAUUGUUUGUCAGCAACAUUUUCUAUCCA